ACACGCAAAAUAAAGAGACUCCCAUUCAACCAAAUUAGGUCGCCGAUUUCCUUGCUAGUAAGAACAGAGAGGAAGGGGACGCGACACCGAAACUCGCGUCGGUGUUGAGAUAUGGCUCGGUUGAAUGAAUCAACGGUCGCGACCGAGUCUUUUGAAAUCUUGAAGCGACGAUUCGUGCGACAGAACCGUGAAAUUGCCCGAGUCAAUUCAAUCCAAUCCCUCCGAAUACGCAGUCUUGAAGCCGAGGUUUCUCACCUCCUUUCAGAGAAUGUAUCGCUUCGAGAGAAGGUCAUCACUCUCAACCAGGAAAUCGAGAGGCUUGAUGCGGCAAGGUUGCUCCACGAUGGUGUCAAUGAUGUGAAAACAAAGUUGGAGAAUAAACUGCUGGAAUUGAACGGUUUGGUCUCCGACUUGGGGGCCCUUCCGCGCAAGUUCAAGCGAUCCAGUGAUCUCUCAGAUGAAACGGCAUUUGAGAAACCAACAGCGACGUCGAAGUCAGCCGAUGGACCUUCGAAUAUCGAAAGGAAUUCAAUAAUUGAUGGAGGAAAACUGCCUGUCAUCUUAGAGGACAAGUACUACCCGAGACAGACAUUGGAUCCCGAGGAGUUGCAGCAAAUGGUCAAUAACGACUCUGAUGCUCCAGAAUCACCAGAGUUAGAGGCUUCCACCCUUCAGCUUGACUUGGAACACGAAGAUCUCUGCCAAGAGCAUCCAGGGGAUCCUGUAGAGGUGGCAGGUCUGGAUGUUACAGAGGAGCAAGAUGAAGAGCCUCUCCCUCCAACUCUCGAAAGAAGAAAAAAGAAGAAGCCAAUCACCACCGUCGGGACAUCGCAUAACCUGGGCCCCGCUUCUAAUUUAGGGCAGAAAGGAUGUGUCGCCAAUGCAAAGUCCAAGCGCAAAUUCAUGAUGGAGGAAAAUGAUGAGCCUGAAGUAGGCUCGCCUGAUGACGACGGUUUCCAGUUCAGUAGAGCCGCCUGUCCCCAGAAGCCUGCGGACGACAGCUUUCAAUCACCCCGGCCAAGGUCUUCUCCAACUAAACAGCGAACUCAAUCGAUACUAGGAGAGAAAGGCCAGGGGCAUCCAAAGAGGAAGAUGCUUGAACCAAAAAGCGCAAAUUCAAAUAUCAUCUCACCGAAAAAACGUCGAGCCACGGAAUUUCCAAAUCGGAGUUACAAUAACCCCCUUCAAGGGGAUGCCAAGAGCGACGAGAAUCAGAUUGCAAAUGACAUAUACGCAAAAGAGAGCAAAGGCCACCAGCCAAAGAAUGUUGAAAUCCUUUACGAACAUGAGCGUUGCGAAACCGAACCCACUGUGGUCCAAGACGACGCAAGCUCAUUAUUACAAGCCCCUUCAAUAUCAUUGGAAUUGUCUGGUUACAAAUCAAUGGACAUGGCAUCGAACGCUCCGGCACGGCCGACAAGAAGACAAAGGGCAGUAGUAAGCUACGCGGAACCAAAUUUGAGAGACAAAAUGCGGCGCCCGACAAAGGGCCUGAUAGCUGCGGUCAGUGAUCAGUCUAGACGAUCCUCCAAUUCCAUAGCUUCGCGAGCAAGCAUGGGCGACGAGGAUGAAACGUCAAAAAAAGACAGUGACAGUAAGCGCAAACCGCGCGACUCAAAAUCUUUGGAGAAUGACCGUGAACUCCUUGCAAUUGAGCAUUUAGACGACGGCUCUUUUCAGCAAGCCCAACCUUCGAGCAUGGUUUCUCAGAGGAAACGCAAUACUUUGUCAGAGACCAACUUCGAACUUCAAGACGGGGGGAGGCAGUUUCGACGACAUUCCUCGAACCCUAGAUCAGCUCGACAAGACCCUGUCGAUGAAAGCGACACACCGAUCGCCGAUUCGGGGAUUCAGGCCGGUUUCUAUACAUCAUCACUGGAUGCUACCAGCACCCUAGAGGGCAGAUAUGUUGAGCUCGAAGACGGCAAGCAGAUUCACGACGAGACCAUCUAUUCACAGUCCACUUUACCCACAGCAGCAGAGACGAGACAAAUGAAACGCGGACAAAGGGCUGCUGCUAGAAGGAGAAGCAUGUUAUUAUGAGGUUUAGAGUACUUUAGCACUUUCUCGGGCAAGGCGUUGAAUUUAUUGUUUCUUAUGCAUUGUUCGGUGGAUUCAACUUGAAAGAGGCAUGAUAUAGAU